AAUUCACAGACCUACACUCUCACACUCGCACACAAAUAGAGAAAGAUCCCAAACAUUCGUACAAAAGCCGCCGCAAAAGCUUUUUCUGCCGUUGUAAACCCCUAAUGGCCUCGGUGAUGCCGCCCCCGCCGCCGAAACCCUCUACUUCCGGUAUCGACGAUGGCGAGGAUGAGAUUGAGUACGAGGAAAUCGAAGUAGAAGAGGAGGUUGAAGUCGAAGAAGAGGUAGGGGAAGAACUCGAAGGCGAAGAUGUGGAAGAGGGCGGCGAGCAUGAAAUUGAAGAAGGCUUAACUCCAGCAUGCGACGAAAAGCAAGGAACGGCUACUGUUCAAAUGUUGGAGCCUGCGGGACAUCCCAAACAAAAACAAUCAGGUUCUGCGAGUCAAAGCAUAUCUAUUUCAAACCCUCCAACAGGUAUCCCCAAAAUACAGACAAGUACUGGUGGUCUCAAAAUUUCUGGGUCAAGUGAGAAAGAAGAAUUACAUGUCUAUGGGGAAAGAACCUCUAGGGACAAUGAUCCAAAAGCUCCUUUUUAUCAAAUUGGAGAAGUGAAUCGUGGGAGAAGAAGUCCUUUUAUUGGCGAUGUUAAUACUGCAUUAACUGGUGACGCUUCUAGCCAGAAGGAUAAUGCUAUAAAUUCUGUUACUACAGAAACUAAUCACAGAGCUGCAGAACCUGUGGCCAAAAUAAUGCAAAUGUCACCAAGGCUGCAUGUCCCUCAGAUACGGCUGAGGGAUCCUUCCCCUAGUGCUGAAUUUGACAGGGAUAACAAAAAACUGAGAAUUCCCUGCGAAUUCUUUGCGAAGGGCUGGUGUAUCCGGGGCAAUUCCUGCCGAUUUCUCCACAUCGGAGAUGGAUCAGCAGUGGUGAAGACAACCAAAGGCACAUACGAAGGAAAUUUCUCCGGUUCCUCUGUUGCAUCGCAUGACAAUCACCAUAAUACUAGAAUUUCUGCUUUUGGAUCAACAUUACAGGAAAUGAUUGGUAAGGAAAGUGAUAUAGAACACAAGGGUCCCAGGUCCACAGAGUUGUCCCAUUCUCAUUCUAGGCCUCCUUUAUCUUUUGGUUCACCCUCUUGGAACACCAGUGCCCUUGGGACCCAGAACCUUUUAAAGAGCGGUGUAGAGCGCCAUGCAUCAGUAUCCUCUUCCUUUAAAAGAAGCAUUUCAUCUGUUUCUGGUUCUGAAUCAGAAAGGCUGUCAGAGAACCAUGUCUUCAAGGAUACUGAUCUGGCCAAAUAUACAUCUAAGAUAUCUUAUGAUUGGGAGCCAUCUGCUCCUUUUCGCCCAUCCCAUGCUAUAACUCGAAAUUUGUUAUUGAAAAAAAAUCUAUAUAACCCCAUACGUGAUAGCAUUGAGCACACAGGUGUCAAAGAUGGGCAGGUGAAAUUGUCAAGUUCCGACCAAGGAUCAAAUAAGAAUGUAGAUGUGCCAUCAAACAGUUCGCGAGAAGAGAAGCUCUUGAAUUCUGUUCAUAUUGAGGGUACUGUGAAAGAUAAUAUAUUUCUUUUGAGUUCUGACAAUAAACUGAAUGAUAAUACAAGGGACAAGGCAGAACUGAAAGUUGAUGGGUCUGACAACAACAAUGAAGCUGAUGUUGAUCUCAAGGGAGCUGAUCAGUUGCAAAGUGAAUCAAAAGCUUUCAAGUAUUUCCAAUCUGCACUUAUCGAAUUUGUUAAAGAAUUGGUGAAACCAACUUGGCGUGAGGGCCUUAUGAGCAAGGAUGCCCAUAAAUUAAUUGUUAAGAAGGCUGUAGACAAGGUUCUUAGCACAUUACAGCCCAACCAAAUCCCUAGCACCGGUGAAUCAGUCAACUUAUAUCUGUCUUCAUCCAAGCCCAAGCUUGCCAAGCUAGUUGAGGGAUACAUUGAUAAGUAUGGGAAAUCUUGAGAUUGCUGAAUGAUUAGUCUUUGAACCAUUUCCUAUACCUUGAAAAGGAAAGUUUUGAACCCUAUUCUGCGGGCACUUAUUUUCCUUUAUUUGGAUCACAGCUAAGACACAGGCUGGCAAAACUAUAAAUGCUUUUUUUUCGACUUUUCUAUUGAUUCGCUUUGGAGAUGCUUAUUGAUUAAUGUGAGUUUCUGGAGCAAAUUUUGGUGAAUUAAAUUGCAUAAGUAGCUGCAAUAUUUGUGUGCUAACGCAUUAGAGGCAACUAUGUUGGUGCAUGAUGGUACAAGUUUUUGCCUGCAUCUUUACUAUAGGAGCCUUAGUAAUUUCGACUCUUGAUGAAUGUUUUCUAUUGAAGUUCUUGUGUCAUCUGAACCUGAUACAAUUGGAUUUUGGGGGGUCAAUGGGUGGUGGAACCACUCUGCCCCUAUUCUUUAAUGGCCACUAGUGGACAUGGAUGCGUUGCACCGGAGCCACUGUAGAAUCACACGUUAGCCUAGAGAUCCUCAUGGGUGGCUUAUUAAUAGUUGGCUGCAAAUGAUUAUCUUGAUUUCUGGUGGUGAAAUAAUAAGAUGUAGCUCAUCUAAUGCAAUUCACAUAUCUGUAUGGGGAUAUUGCAUUUCUUGGAAUGGGAUGGGAUUCUUUAUUCUAAAUCCUAUAAUACUUAAACGUACAUAUGCGUACGAGUUAUAUUAUAUAUUUUAUUUAAAAAAGAAUUUGUAUGCAUAUACGUAAAUUGUAUUAGGAGACGCACUAAGAUUUACAAUAGAAAAUCCAGACCCCUCAGCAAUAUGGCUUACUUGUAGUGUUAACUGUAAGUGAUGUGCGAACCUACAAGUGGCAGUAGAUUUUGUUGACUGUUUUAGCUGUAGGCAAAAGUUCUUGAUCCGUAUAUGAGAUGUAGAAUCCCUGUAUAUAUAUGAAUCUGAUUCUGUUCGCUUACGGCUUUACAAAGACACUCAAAAUUGAAUAAUACUUUUAAGGAUAAAAUGCUUCUUAGAAUAUUUCAUAUGUCCUUAACCCGUAUGGGAUAGGUGCAGUUUGGACAUUGUCUACUGCGAAUCCUAAACAAACGAAAUUGAUGUAUCAUCUAGGAAUGAUAGAAUAUCUUUCUGCUGGCGCAUGCAAGGAUACUAGUGCGGGUCUCGAAUAAUAACUCCCACUACCACUUAGUAUUACUAGAUCUCGAGUCAGACAUCUAGCUCUGACGUCCAUCAUCAUGAAUGAUAGCUGAUCAAAUGAUAAUUAAUCAUAUUCUUCAGAAAAAGGUCUUCACUGGAUUAGUUCAUUGUAUCGAGACCCACUAUCAUUUGAGGGAUUGCUUACGGGUUUAGCAUAUGGGUCCACCCACAUAUAAACCCCCCAGUCCCUUGAGCGGCAGCUUGCGGUUGUUGGGAUAGGUCUAUAUUAAUCUGCCUAUUCACUAAUCUCAUGUCCGUAAGCAGAUUAAUAUAGACAUAUCCCAACAACCGUACGGUCCCUUGAGCGGCAGCUUACGGUUGUUAGGAUAGGUUUAUAUUAAUCUGCGUACGGACGCUUACGAUUGUUGGGAUAGGUCUAUAUUAAUCUGCUUACGGACAUGAGAUUAGUGGAUAGGCAUUCAUACAAUAAAUGAUUUCUUUAUUGCAUGCUGUUGAUUACAAGAAUUGAGGAUGAUAGAUGAAUGAAUAGAAAACCGAAGCACAUUUCAAGUGUUGAGAAAAGUUGCUACAGAAGUCAUGUGAUUUUAAUCAAUCCGGCAAAACAACCUUAUUUAAUAGUAGGUGCUAAUUAGAUGCAGUUAUGUGAUCAUUAUAUAAAUCGUAGUUAUUUAUAGUUGUUCGACAUAGAUAUUUGAUAUUGUUAUCUACUUAUAAAAGAUAAAUGAUAUUUGAUCGUUUUCACUUAAAAAAAAGGGUGUGAAUUCAACAAAUAGAAAUUAAUGACGAGUUGAAAAUGUUCUUUUUGAAUUUGUAACCAGGUCAGAAAGAAGGAAAAUUUUAUAGCUUCCCCUUGGUUUUUUGUUGUUGGCUGUUAGAUAGAUACGGAGAUAGUGUGGAAUGAACACGCUUAUCAAUAAUUGGUAUUGUCAAAGAUCAUUGUAUUUAAAGUGUCUAUCAACAAUUCAAGUUGCAUGACAACAUAUUUUAGGAGCUGAGGGAUUUAUCAGGUUUUGUUUUGAAUUUCAUGUAAUAACAUGUGCUGGUGGAUGUGUAGCCGUAUGUCUUUCGGGAGUAAGUUCUAGGUUAUGGUACGUUCCAUAGAAAUAAGAAGGAACAUAAGAAGGGUGUUCUGCAUGAGCUCUUAUUGACUUGCAUAAAGUUCCGGAUGCACAAUAUUGAAUGACUGAUGUAACUAAUUGAAGAGAAAUCUUAAAUAUCGUACUGAUAAGAUGUUCUGAAUUCUUCUAACAUAUUGCCUGCUAGAAAAGCCCUAACCUCAGUAAUUUGCAGAUGUGAUCUUACCUGGAUAUGCCGGAACAGUUCGGCCAGACAAGGCAUGAGCAGUUGCAAACUCGAUCAAUACAAUGAUGAAAUGAAGAGAACGAGGGCUGGUAUUUUGCAGUUUCUUCAUUGCAAUAUAUUUGUGUUCACUGGCCGGUUUGGUUCGAGGGUGCGACAAUCUCUGCAUGGGGUGGCAAAUGACGAGAAUAAUUUUUGGCCUAAACUUUUUCGCCCUGCGGUUUUUGCUGCAAGUUGACCGUCCGGAAGCUUUUUCCCCGCAGGAAAGUGGUUUGGGCUCCCAAUUAUGGAGCUGGCGUUGGAACGGCUGAAUUCGAAUUCCUGCUCUUGUUGACGCAUUCCUGGACUUCCUUUUCCACGAGUUGUGGGAAGCAAAUGCUCUGAAGGGCGUAUUGAGUGCUGGUCUUGAAUGCACACAAGGCCUGUAAAGGAAAGAGAAUCACUUGAGGUAAAAUCUGCACAAACAACUGGAGACAUUUUCUUUGGCACGUUAGAUUGAGGCAUUUUGCUGCAGAUACGCUUGCUAGAUUUCUGAGCUUUUCUAUAUGCGUAGCUUAGGAACAGAGUCCAUAUGCUAUUUAUAUCUCUUAAUUUUGGCUUGUUCUAAGAUUGUAAUUGUAUGUAUGUAUGUAUGUACAUUUCUCGUCCGGCAAUUCUAGUUUCAGGUCCUCUGUCAAUUUUGUGUAGUUUUCUCAUUUCUCCUGUACAUACGAUUUCUUUUGUCCCAUCCGAGGACAUUAUGUAAAACAACUGUUGGUUAGAGUGAAAUAUGAUUCUUGAUUUUUACGUA